AUGCAGGCCACCCCUCGCGCCGCCCUCACCGUUCGCGCCACCGCCACCUCCUCCGAUUCUCCUUCCGCCUCCGCCUCGGUCAAGCACCGCCGCGCCCCACGGACAAGCACCGCCACAUAUACACUUGGCCGGAAAGGACUGUCACGGCGGAGGGAAAGCGGGCCGCAGAGGCUGAGGACGACGGCUCGCGGAUGUCCUAAUCGCCGGAGGAAGAGGCUGGUCGCGGCGUCUGGUCGUUACAGGGUUCACCGGAAGCCACAAUUCACGCGUGAACAAAGGUCGCCGGAAUUCUUCGCGAGAUGGAGGCGGCGCUGGGCAGCGACUCACGGCGUGGGAGGAGAGCGGGUCGUGGCGUUGCUGGGGUCCACGCGGAGGAUACUCGCCGGCGGGAGGAUGGCGGAGGAGGAGAUGACGAGAUGA